AUGUUCCUCCACCAUAUUGCGCUGCAGGCUAGCAACAACCCAAUCAAAAGUUUAAAACAGCAUGCGCGCCAGUUUUCAGGAGGGGAGGAGGAGAGCCAAUUUGAGGACACCUAUGCAGCUUUCGAAAUCCGGACUGUGGAAAUUCAGUCUGCUGUUCAUCACGCCAUCAUCAAUAUCAGUUUUUUCCAUAAAAUAUGA